AUGGGUUGAUGUUUUUUUUUUCCCUGGUCUUUGUUUUUCUAUGACCAUACAUUCGGUUAUUAGGGGAACUUAAAAUACGAGGAAAUCAAUUGAUUAUUGAUAAAGGAGAAGGUCCGGUGAAUGGGUCUUUUGUCUGGGGCACGGAUGUUUAUGGUGUACGGAUUUAUAGUUUGGAUAUUUUUUUAUUUUUUUUUUUUUGUUAUUCAGUAAAAGUUUGGGCGGUAAACUGAUAAACAACUGCUUUUCUACAACAACAAUGUCUAUACUGGUUAUAAGGCCUUCUGAAAACUUCAACGCACCCAGCGACACCGCUGUAAGGAUCAGGAUUGACUUCAGGCCGCCCGUGAGUGGAAGCGAACAGGAAUUCGAGUCCUUUCUCGACAAUUAUAAACUUUCGAUUUUCAAACUCCAAGAUGUUUAUUAUGUUUUGGUUAAGGAUAUAGCGUUGCUAUGCAACUACCCAUCGUCGUAUCAGUUGCUAAAUAAGCUCAUAAGAAGAGUCCCGAUACCCAAGAAAGAGUUUCUCAAGACAACCAAUCGAGAAUUGAACCAAGGAUUAUUUGAAAAUAACAUGAUUGAAAAAACGGACUUGGAUAAGAAGUUGUUCUAUAUUGAAUUAAAAUUUCUAUAUGAUGUUACUGAGAACAAAGCGGUUAUUUUAAAUAAUGAAUCUGAUAUGGCAAUUGAUGAAACUCCAUCAUCUCCAAUCUUAUCUUCGGAUAAUUCAAACGAUGAAAAAAUCUUAAUAAGCCAGGUUUUUCCUCAGUACGGAUUGGUAGGCUCUUCAUUACCUUUGACCCAUGCUACUUUUAAUACUUUAAAUCCAUUAACCAAACUACAUUGGUAUAAGAUGAACGGACAUUUCCGUAGAGUUUACGGAACUUCAUUAUCAAAUAGUGAACGAGAAUUAUUAAUCAAAAAUAAUAAAUUUCUAGAAAUUGAUCUGAAAAAGGAAGAUGAUCUCUCUGAAAGAGAAAGAAGAGCUCGUAAACCAAUUGGUAAGCCAAAGAAGAAUAUCACUAAUGUCGAUCCAAAUACUGCAGAUUUAGCAGAAUUUAUAUUACCGGGGCAAGGAUUAUUUCAAGAAUUUAAUAUCAACCAUAUUUGUAAAGUUCCAAAUUAUUAUAUAACAACAAAUCAUAUGAAUGCAAGUCAAACUUCGGCAAUUUCAAAUUAUAAAAAACCAGCAGCAUCAAAUUUCUUAUUCAAUGAAAAUAUUAAAAUGUCAAGAAAUAUUCAACAAUUAGUUUUCAAUAGUGAUAAUGAUAGUUAUCAUCAUUCAAAAUAUUAUUAUUUUAAAAGUUAUCGAGGUCCAGGUUCUGGUAACUAUAAAGAUGCUGCUUUAGUUAAUAAAAUUAAUAAAAUUCAUUUAGUUGAUUCACCAAAUCAAAUCAAAGGUGGUAAUCAUAAAAUUGUGAAAAGAACUAAAAAACCAAUAAGUAAAAGAUAUAAUAAUAGUAUAAAAGGAUUAAUCCAUGAUUAUUUCACAAAAGAUAAUGUUGAAACUAUUUUAGAUGAACAAAGAAAGUAUACCGAAGAUUAUCAUAAUAUUGAAAUGUUACAUAAUAACUUGCAAUUUAAUUUAUUAAUUAAUACUUAUAGAGAUAUUUCCGAUGAUACUUGGAAUAAAUAUUAUCAAUUCAAAAACAUUGAUUUUAAUCAAUUGACUGAAUUAAAUAGAAUCAAAUCAAGAGAAUUGAAAAAGAAAGAAUUGAUUGCUUUACAUCAUGAAAAUCAAUCAAAACUUAAUCAAACUUUACCUCCUUCUCAAGAAUUAACUGAAUUAUAUAAACCUGAUUUAACUGAUCGUUUUACUCAACCAUCAGUUUAUCAAGAAAUUGUUAAUCAUUUACCAGUUGAAUUAAGAGAUGAUAUUAAUUUGCAUUUAAUGGGUAAAGAUACAAAAGAUUACGAUCUAGUUCCAUCAAUUAAGAAACCUCUCUAUAAUGAAGCUGCAUCAUCGGAAUAUUCUAAUCCAGAAUAUUUGAAUAAGGUUGAAAUGGUUAAGUUACCAAAUGCAAAUUCAAUAGGCUGGGAAAAUUUGAAAAAAUAUCGUUUUAAACAUUAA